AUGAAGAAGGAGCAGUUGCUGCGCGUUUCGUGUCAAGAAAAUGUGUACGUUGGUCAGCCAUUCAAAAUUUUGGUCGAUUUCGAUUUCACACAUGCCACACGGAUCACAUGCUUGACUGGUAUCUUCGAGGGUAGAUUCCGGACAGCUUUUGCGAAUCAGGUGGAAUAUCAACAAAUCAUUGCUUUUCGAAUCGAGUUCGAUGCCUUGCUGCGCCAAUGGUACACACGGCAAGGCAAAAUAACCGCGCCGGCAGGCCAUCAUCGAGCGGAAUCACGAAUUGUUAUCAGAGAACACUGCCCAGGAACCUAUUUCGGGAAGAAUGGUUGUAUCGAAUAUGUGGUCGUCGUGAAGAUGCGCGUGGCUGGUCGUAUUGGUAGCUCAGAGCUAACGCAAAUGUGUCCGGUAAAUGUGGUACCAUUGGUGAAUCUGGCGCAUUAUAUGCCUUUCCGCAUGCCGGUUUACAUCGAGAAAUGCUUCCACAAAAAACUGUUUUGUUUCAACAAAUGCUCCGUCAAUAUUCAGCUCGAGCUACGUAGAGCUGCAUUUGUUCGGGGUAUGCAAAUUCGAGAAUCCUCUUAA